AUGGUCCUGCGGCGAAGGAGGAUAAUGUAUAGGAGGUCACGAUAUGGGGAGAAGCCCAUCCGGACCAACAAGACGGUCUCGCGGCCCAAGGUUGAGCUCCCCGUGUCUCGGCGCCAGGAUGCUGUUACGCCAGGGCUGGCCGACGAGGCCUCUGCGCAGAACCUGGCGCCCCCUCCAAGCAUCGUGCACUAUGCCGCACCCAGUGCUACGACCUUGGCCGCCGACAACUAUCACAAAGUCGCGGCGCCCUCUAUCGUUUCAGCCACCGAGACGGUUGCCCUCGGCAAUCACGGGGAGCUCGUCUUCCCUCGUGCACCAACCGGCCGCGCCCACCGACAGUACAAGCUACUGAGAAGGCGACGGGAAAAGGCACAUGUGGCAUGGCUUCGUUCCUUCCCCGGCCUUGCUCCGUACGCGAGGCAUCUCAAACGGCGGUUCUUGGAUAGAUGGGUUGAAGGAGGCAAACUCUUCGCAGAGCUCAACUACAUGAUAUCGGAAGAACUCCACUGCAAAAUAUCGGAAACUAACGCCAAACUCCAGACCGGCCUGGUGUCAGACUGGAACGACUGCCUCAUGGCGGCUGGAGAGAUCAUCUGCCCCUUCUGCCUCUACGCCUUGCCGAGUCUCUCCGUCAGUGACGACAAGAAAUGGAGGGCCCAUGUUACCAACGACCUCGAUGCAUACGUGUGCUUAUUCGACGAGUGCGACCGUGAGGACGAGUACCUGAGCCACAUGAGAGAAGCCCACCCGAGCUCUUUCACAGAGCCGCAGCUUUGUGUGCUCGCCGAGAGGAAGGUCCAACCCCUGGGGCCCAUGUUUGAAUCUUACCCGCUCUGCGGCACCGUAGACGCUACGAGGAAUCUAGAAGAUCACAUCGUGGGCCACUUGAGGUUUCUCGCGCUGAAAUCUCUGCCGUCAUUUGAAGUCCAGGGAUCAGAGGGCUCCGAGGGGGAGCGAGGCUCCUCGGCUUCUAGGCCGGAAAGCAGAACCACAAUCAACAAGGAUCCCGAGAGGCACAUCAGGCCGACUUUCGACGAUCCCGACAGCAUCCCCACCUCGCAUCCUCACCAUCCAGGCUCACCAAGCCCUUAUACACCGUGGGGAGGAUACAGGGAGUACAUUGCUCAGCGCGUCGACGGAGCAGCGGCGCAGGACCGAAGCCAUGGGGUGAGCCACGCUGUUGAUUUUAUGCCGCCAAAUAAUCUCGUGAGCGAGCAAGGAGAGCAGUUCUUGUGGCACCAGGACCCAUCAAGCGACUUUGUUGACGAAUCAUUGUUCGAUGAGAUACAACCAGAGGACCGCAUUCGCUUCGAGUGGGGAUUUCUCACCGAGGCUGGCGAUGGGCAGCUCCAAGACCCCGAAAAUAAUGCCAUAACUCGAUCACUGCUCAAAAGUCGUCGAAAGAACGUGCGAACAUCUCUGUCAGUCUUCAAAUAUCGUCGACAGAAGGUGCCAGCAGUCUGCCAAGUGAAGACGAAUCCAGAUAUGGGGGAGACCGCCAACAAGGCACAUUGGUUGGCGGCGCAGGGCUUGACGAGACAGCAGACUCAAGAUCUGGAGAAUGACAGAGGCGAAGCGGCAACUGUUGACACACAGCAGCAAUCUGAAGGAGGUGAAACUCCCGGCCAGCACAUCCAACGUCUCAGGGCCAGGUCGGGCACACCCCCGAAGCAAGGCCAGGACUCUCUCAUCGACGCCUCGCCCGGGUUUCGCCCAUGGACACUUUCUCUCAGGCGCAGGUUGUUCCCGCGCCCGAUUCCAGACCAGGCCCCCCCCGGUGACGAACGUCCUACAGUUGGAAUCGAGGUGGUGGACCCGCCCCGGUCCAACACGCACGCCCGCCCGUCUUUGACAAGCUCGCGCGACGGCGACCGGGGCUUGGAGGCAAGCCAAGAGGAGGCAACCCGCCAGCCCCGACUCAAGCGCACGACCCGGUGGUGGCGGAAACUACUGGAGCAGUGGAGACAAGGACAUGGAGACGAUCCAGGACCUGACGACAAGGGAGCGCUUCGCCGAAGGCUCGAAGCCAAUGCCGGGGUUGCUAACCCUUCCGCUGUGCCUAUGGCCCCGGUGCCAGAGCGCUCUUUUUCGGCAUCUUCUGAUGCUGACGCCUGGAGGCUAAGGCGGCGCUUUGGCUGA